AUGGCGUGGAGCGGGUUCAGGGAGGCGGCGGCGGGGGAGAGCGGCCUGGAGCUCAGCCUCGGCCUACCCGCCUACUUCACCAAGCCGGCAGCACCGACAGCAGGUAAUUGCUCCUUCUUGCUGCUCUGUUUGGACGGGCAUGAGUCGAGCGGCGCCGGUGAUUUUGCUCGCCAACCUCAAGGAGCAAGCAAUGGCUACAAGGCCAAGCCGGCAGCAGCUGCAGCAGCUCCGGUCGUGGGGUGGCCGCCGGUGCGCUCGUUCCGGCGGAACCUGGCCGCCUCCAAGCCGUCGUCGUCCAAGGAGGACGGCAGGGCAACCAAAGACAACGACCUCGCCGUCAAGGGCGCCGACGAGCCUGCUGGCCGGAAGGGCCUGUUCGUGAAGGUCAACAUGGACGGCGUCCCCAUCGGCCGGAAGGUGGAGCUCAAGGAGCACGGCAGCUACGCCGACCUCUCCGCCACCGUCGACAAGCUCUUCCGCAGCCUCCUCGCCGCUCAAAGGGACACCGCUGCUGCACCCGACGCGAUCGCCGGCGGGGAGUACACGCUGGUGUACGAGGACGACGAGGGCGACAGGAUGCUGGUCGGGGACGUCCCAUGGCACAUGUUCAUCGUCACGGCGAAGAGGCUGCGAGGGCUCAAGAGCUCCGACCUGCCGGCCUCAUCGCUGACGGCGGCCGGGAGCAGGAAGAGGCCGGCGGCUGCGGCCGACUGCUGA